AUGUCGACAAUUUAGGAGCUCAUUACUACAUUAUUUAAUUUAGUAUUAAUUCUAUAAAUCUUGUCAGAUUGUUGGUGAUGAUGACGUUUAGCCUAGAAAUCGAUUCCUUAAAACAAAUAGUCCAAUUGAACAAUUAAGGAUAAUAAUUGAAAUGGUAAUACAGCAAUAGCACCAGAAAUAGCAAUAAGAUUACAAAGCUUUGGAAAAACAACUCCAAAAAUUUGAAUUUGAGGUGCGAAAUCAUAUUAGAGUAUUGAUUUAACCAUAUAAACAAAGGAUGAAUAUUUAAUGCAGUAGAAUUAGGAAGAUUUGAUAUCUCGACUGGAGGAAAUGGAGAAAGAAAAGAAUGAAUUAUUCAGCAACACCAAAUAAACAAUUAUUGUAAAUGUUUUAAUAUUUAUUAUAAGAAAUUAAAAAGGGAAAACGAGGAGUUGUAUUAAAAAGUGAGAUUAUUGUCGGUAGAAAACCAAUAGCAAAAAAGUCUGAAUGAAAAACUGACAACCUAUUAAGAAAGACACAAGAUGAAUGAUCAUCUGACUCAAGAAUCUACUAAAAUUAGUUAGAGUAAAUAUUCAACCUUGGAAAACCAUAAUUAAAAGAUCAUCAAAUUAAAAACACAUCCAACCCCUAAAAAAUUACACACUGAAACUUCAGUAGAUAUCUCCCUAAUAGCAGCAGUGAAUCAAAAAAGAUUAAGUCAAUAAUUGAUCAAACCAAAUUAUUUUCAAAAAAAGGGAUCAAUUACAAACAAUUAAUUUAUCAAGAAAAAAAGACAAUCCUGUUCAUUCGCAAAUCAAUCAUUGUAUAUUAUUUCUAUAUUACAACCAUAGGAAUUUUUUAACGACAAGCAUGUGA